AUAUUAUAACACAGACAACAAACUUUAACCGUUUCUCCCAAGGCCAUUACAAGUUGCAACACAUCGCAGCUCGCAAACUCAUUUGCUUUCCGAGCACUCACUCAGAUGGAACACGAAGUCAUUGAAGCAGAGCUAGUACUGCCAACCCAUUUAAGCUUUAAGAAAGUCCAAAUGUAUGAAAAGUUUCCAAAGGGUCAAUCUAGAGGUAGACACUGGAAACAUCUAAAGCAGAUCAUUCAAGCGGAGAAUUACCAGAACUACCCUGCUGAUGAACCUAACUAUGUUAAUAUCGAAUCACCACCUUCUAUGCACCCAAACAAGAAGAUUUGUGAUAUUACUGGUUAUGAGGCACCGUACCAUGAUCCAAGGACAAAACUUCGUUAUGCUAAUACUGAAGUGUUUAAGCAAAUCAGGUCACUUCCGAAUGAGUAUGUCCAGAGUUACCUGGCACUAAGGAAUGCAGCAGUUGUUCUCAGAUGAGUUCAGGACCAUGGUGGCAAUCCCUGUUUAUUUAUCGUGUCCUUAACUCAGCUCAUUAGUAGUAAUAAGUGAUUUUCCAAAAUCCCUAUUUGAAUGAUGACGGGAUGUGUAAUUCAUUGUCGAUGUGAAUUACAUAUUAAUUACAUAUUAAUUACAUAUUAUGUAUAUCGAGUUAUCAACACUAGCUGAAGUUCAUUUUUGUGUCACCUGUGGUAUAAAUUCUUUUAUUUGUACUGUGA